CGCUGGGCAGAUGGCGCACUCGUAGUGAUCUAGAUCUAAGACAGCGGAGGGACGAACGUCGAGUCAAUGUCGCACUUGGUGGCGGUUUAGGGUACAUUUCUGUAAUUCCAGUGUGGAUUAGGUCUGGUUUGCAUAUGACCGCUACGGCUAGUAAUAGUCUCUACACGGAUGCUUCUGUUACAUGGGGAUGAGGAAUCUCGGAGAAUAGGGCAUGCCCGGUGUCGACCGGAUCGACGGCAUGGAGGAGAUCAUGGAGAUUCGCGGGACUCGAUAGGACUCGGUGGAUGAUGAGUCGACGACUGGCAUGAGCGCAGGCACACAUGAUAGACACAGCGUACCUUGUCGCUCGACGCCUGCCACCAGCUGCGUAACGAGGGCUGACAGGAUUCAUGAGCACAAUUAUGAUAGGAAGUAUUCUCGCAUGCACGAAAGCCAAAACCGACAAGAUAUAUAUAUAGGUGAUUGCGGAAUCUGUUUCCGCGAUAUGUGAG